AUGAAAGAAAUUAUUACUGAUUCUGAAGCUCCAACUUAUAAUAUUGAUAGUGAUGAUGAAGCUCCUUGUGAAUAUUUGAAUGAUAUAUAUGCCAUAAGUGAAGACACCUUUUGCUUUAAAAUUAUUAAACAGUUGGGAAAUGGAUAUUAUAGUCCUGGAAAUGGACAUAAAAUAAAAAUUAUAUAUUAUGAAUUAGGUUGCGAAGAGAACAUAACAAGUGCAAAUGUUUACUUAGGAAAAAAUGAUAAGUUACCUUAUAUAUGCGAAAUUGCCGCAAAAUGUAUGAAAGAAAAUGAAGUGUGCCUUAUACAAGGUCCCAAGAAUUUUUCAAAGGUUUUUAAAAAUUCAGAGGUUAAGAACAAAUAUGAUAAAACCAAUAAUUUUAAAGCAGAAUUUAAAAAAGGCUUAAGAUAUAAACAAAAAUGUGUAGACAAAUAUUCUAGGGACCCAGCAAUUAAUAAAUACCAAAAAAUUAAAAUUAACUCUAAUGAUAUUAAUUUAUUAAUCAGAAAAAAAAAAAUAAAGAAAGAUAGAAAUGAAAAAUAUAUUGACCAGGUAAAUAUUAAAUCGAACUUGAUAAAAAAUAUGAAUGACCUCAAAAAUAAUUGUGAUAUAAAAAUAGUAAAUUAUGAUAAUGCACAAACAAAUAAUUGUAAUAAUAAUAGUAGUAAUGAUAAAUUAUGCUGUCAAAAUGAAACAUCUUUAUUUUUAAAUAUUGAAGAUAUAAAUAAUUUAAAAUAUAAAUUUUUAGAACAAACCGAACUGUGUACGUAUGUUAUAUAUUUAAAAGAAUUUAGAAGAGUCGAUAUUUUAAAUGAUGAUAAAACAAUUAUAAAAGAAAUUAUUAAUGAAGGUAAGGGUAUAUGUACUCCAAAAAAAAAUGAUUACAUUGAUUUUUUUAUAAAUGAAAAUAAUAAACAAGAAUAUAUACACACCAUACUUGAUAUAAAUAAUUUAAAAUAUAGAGGAUUAUUUCAAAUAUUACAACAUAUGAAAAAAAAAGAAAUGUCUAAAAUUAUACUAAAAGGAAAUCAAUGUGAUCAUAUAAAUCAUACAAAUCAUAUAAAUGAAGAACAUAAUUAUUUAUAUAAUACAAUACAAACACAACAUAAAUUAAUAAAUAUAAAAAAAAAUAUAUCACAUGAACAUGAUCAAAUUAUAAAUGAUCUACAAUAUUGCGAUGAGAAUAGGCAAUCAAUAAAUAAUAUUCAAAUGAAUCAUAUUAAUAAUAGUAAGAAUUCUUGUCUAGAUAAUGAUACAAAUAAUUUAGAUACCAAUAUUAUUGAAAAAAAAAAAAAAAAAAAAAAAGAAUUAUAUAUCCAAUUAAUAGAUUAUAAAAAAUCCAAAAUUGUUAACAUUAAUUCAAUUAUAAAUAUAAAUAUAAGUGAAAAAUUACUUUUAUAUAUAAAUGAUGAAAAAAAUAUAAAUAAAACAAAUAAUAUAAAUAAGAAUAUACAAACACAUCAACCAUUUAAUAUUCCAACUAUAGAUAAUGAAUGUGAACUUAUAAUUAAAAUGACCUUAACACAUUUAGAUAAUACAACAAAAGAAAAUAUAUACUUACCAAUUUGUUAUACUAAAAAUAAUAAAAAUAUAAAACAAAAUAAAGCAUAUUUUAUUUAUUCAUAUGGUUCUUGUUUUACAUCUCCUUUAUGGUUUUUUCAUUCUCUACAAAAUUUGAAAGAAGGACAACAAAUUAUUAUACCUAUUGCAAAAAAUAAAAACAUGUUUCAACAAAACCAAUUUCUUUAUCAUAUCAUAUAUGAAAAUGUAGGAAUAACAAACACUGUAGAGAACAAUCAAAAGGAUAAUAAUAAUAAUAAUAAUAAUAAUAAUAAUAAUAAUAAUAAUAAUAAUAAUAAUAAUAGUAAUAAUAAUAAUAAUAAUAAUAAUAGUAAUAAUAAUAAUAAUAAUAAUAAUAAUAAUAAUAAUAAUAAUAAUAAUAACAAUAAUAAUAAUAGUAAUAAUAAUACGAAUUAUCAGAUAAAUACACAAGAGAAACAAUGUGCACACACAAAAAAAAAUAUGUUCACUCUAAAUAGUGCUCAUGAAAAAAAUAUACAAACAAUCAAUAACACAUACAAAGAAAAAAAUAGUAACACAUACAAACAAAAUAACAAACAUAAAAACAAUUUUAUAGAAUCACUAAUAUCCAACCGAAAUCAAGGUAAAGGUUUUUAUCUUAUUAAAAAAUUUAAAAAAAGUCAUGUCAACAAAUUUUGUAAUGACUUCUUUAAAUUGCAUCAAUAUUAUAUGGAAAAAAAUAAACACGAAAAAAAAAUUAAAAGUAUCAAAAAUAUUAAAAAAUUAUUAAAUGUCCAUAACAAAAUCAACUAUUAUCAUAAUUUGUUCAUGCAUUUUAAAUUUAAACAUUUUCAUAGAAAAAUUAUAAAAAGAAAAAGAAACAAUAUAUCAAUAAGCACAAAAAAUGUUAUCAAUAAUAAAUUAUUACAAAUAUAUAUGACUCAACAAAAAGAAGAUAAAAAAAAAAAAAAAAAAAAAAAAAAAGAUAAAAAUCAUAACAAGACAAAUGAUCCCUAUAAAGAACAAUAUAAAAAAAAAUAUAAUUCUACUAAACGUUUUGAAAAAAAAUUAAAAAAUGUAUAUUUUGAUCGCUUUUUUUAUAACAAAGAUACUAUAUUAAAAAUAAAAGUUAUUAAAAUUAUUUGUAAAAAAAAAGAUCCAUGGAAUAUGAAUAUAUCAGAACAAAUAGAAAAUAUUAAAAUUUAUAAUGAUAUGGGCAAUAAAUUUACUCAAGCCAAAUUAUAUUACGCUGCUUCAAUUCAAUAUAAAAAAGCUUUUGAUAUAUGUAGAUUUUCAAAAAUAUAUAAUUUAAUAUUUGAAGAAAAAAAAAAAUUACAACAUAUACUUAAUGAUUAUCAAAAUAAAAAUCAUACUGAACAAACACAACUACUAUCAUAUAUAGAAAAAAUAAUAACUAAUUUAUCUAUUACAUUUUAUAAAAUCAAUAAUUAUAAUGAAUGUAUAAUAUAUGCUGAAAAAGCCUUUAUUAUAAACCCACAAAAUGUCAAAGCUAUUUAUUGGAAAAAUAUGUCAUAUAUAGCACAAAAUAAAUAUACACAAGUUAUUCAAAAUUUAAAUAAUCCUUUUUGUUUAAACAAUCAAACAUUAUUAAAAUUAUAUAAUUCUGCUAGGUUGAUAAAAAAAAAACAUGAUACAAAUUUUAAUUCUCUAUUUUAUGCUAUGUAUGAUAACAAAAAAAUAUAA